UAUCUAUUAUUAGAUCAAAUUAACAUAAACUUCCCCCUACAUUGGUGAAAUAAAUUUCAUCCGUAUGACCCGGAAGUCCUCUGAGCUUUUGGUGACGGUGCAUUAGGCGAAAAUGGCUCAUCUCUGUUUAGUUAGCCUGUUGGUCCUGUCCCUGGUUCUUGAGACCCAGGCCCUGACCCCAACCCAUCAUCUGACCACCACUGAUGUGGCCAGACUUCAGGCUGUAUUGAGCCAACCCUUCACUGACCUCAAGUCUGCUUAUUACUCUGUUGUUGGACUUGGCAAGUUGGGAAUCUUUGCUGCGGAUGCAGAUGAGACAUGCAGGUUUAUCAACUCAAACCUGGAUCCCUCUAGCGUGGAGUCACUCUUUUAUGCAGCAGAAGCCAGCCAGGCUUUGUCUGGAUGUGAGAUUCCUGUGUCGAAUGACACACGUGACUUGCUUUUGGCCACUGUCAGUGAGGACUCCACUGCCUCUCAGAUCCAUCAGUCUGUGAGUGCUCUCAGCGCUCUUGGGUUACCUCUGGCCUCACAGGAGGUGGUCAGUGCCCUGAAAGCUCGCAUCUCCAAAGAGGAUAAUGUCUUGGCAAUCAUUUUGGCACUGCAGACUGCGUCUCGUCUCUCGCAGCAAGCUGAACUUGGAGAUAUCCUGGAGGAGAUUGAGGAUCUCGCUGCCCGUUUAGAUGAUCUGGGUGGAGUGUAUCUUCAGUUUGAAGAAGGGCUGGAGGCCACAGCAUUGUUCGUUUCUGCUGCGUAUUCCCUGUCCGAUCAUGUGGACAUGGAGCCCCCCCUGAAAGAGGAUCAGGUAAUCCAGCUAGUGAACUCCAUCUUCAGUAAGAAGUCCUGGGACUCUCUCUCAGAGGCAUUCAGUGUGGCUAGUGCGGCUGCAUCGCUUUCCAACAAUCGCUUCCAUGUACCUGUCAUUGUCAGUGCCCAGGGCCCUUCUGCCGUAUCCCACAGCCAUCCCUUCCUCCGGCUUCAGGUGACGGAUGUCCUUUGCCAGCCCCUCAGUUCAGCAAGUGUGCUGGUGGAGUCCGCUAGUGCUGUGUCCUCAAAAUCUGCCAUCCUAAGCCAGGCACCCUUCACCCUCAGAGAUGGGGUUUUUGAGCUGAAUUUCAUGUCCAGUCAACCAGCGAGUGGCUACUAUCAGUUCUCCGUUGCCAUUGCUGGUGACAGCAGAUUUGUUGCCAACCAUGUUGAGCUCAAAGUAAAGGUCUCUACCCGAGUUGCUAUCAACAACAUGGAUUUGUCUGUCGUGGACAAGGACCAGAGUAUUGGCCCCAAAACCACCAGAGUGGAAUAUCCAACUAAAGCCAAAGCAUCUUUUAUGGCAGACAGCCAUCAAAACUUUGCCAUGACGUUCCAGUUAGUUGAUGAGACCUCAGGAGUGGAACUCACCCCUCACCAGACCUUUGUGAGGCUACACAACCAGAAGACAGGUCAGGAGGUCGUGUUUGUGGCUGAACCUGACAGUAAGAAUUUGUAUAAGUUUGAGCUGGACACAGCUGAGAGGAAGACAGAGUUUGACUCAAUCUCUGGCACCUAUGCUCUUUACCUGAUGGUGGGAGAUGCUACGCUGGAGAACCCCAUUUUGUGGAACGUGGCUGACGUUGUGCUGAAGUUCUUAGAUGAAGAGGCACCUGGAACAAUUCAGGCUAAAACUUUGUAUGUACCCAAACCAGAAAUCCAGCAUCUUUUCAGAGAGCCGGAGAAGAAGCCACCCACAGUUGUAUCCAAUGCAUUUACUGCAUUGGUCCUCUCUCCUCUUCUGCUCCUGCUCAUACUGUGGUUUAAACUUGGAGCCAAUAUCUCAAACUUCACACUGUCACCCAGCACUAUUCUCUUCCACCUAGGCCAUGCAGCUAUGUUGGGUCUAAUGUACGUGUACUGGACUCACUUGAACAUGUUCCAGACUCUGAAGUAUCUGGCUAUCAUAGGCAGCCUCACAUUCCUAGCUGGGAACCGCAUGCUAGCACAAAAAGCUGUGAAAAGACUUGACAGGAAAUGAUGCUGGCAAAAUCGAGAAGACCAUGGAUGUUUCAUAGUCAUGUUUUUUCUUUAAGAAAUUUGGGAACAGACGUAUUGGUGGUGGUUUAAAAAAAAAAACAAGGGUGCAGGCCGGGAUGUUCUGGAAUUUUAAAAAAUACAAAUUGAAUGUGACAAAUAAGAAACAUUUGUUUCUUGUACAUUGAAUUGUAUUUGGUAAUGAAUAUGAAAGUUUGUGAUCUCCUGUUUUUGGAAGGAUGUUAAUUUGAUUUUUGUAAUGAAUAGUGAAGUAUGUUCCUGAUUGAGGGUUGUGUUUUUUUUUUUUUCUCUCCUCGUACCAUCAGAGCAAGAGGUUUUGUUUGUCAUCAACUGAACAGAAAUGUGGAAUCAUUCUUCCAGUCACAGUCCCGUUUUUUUUUUUUUUUUUUUUAAUAAAACAAUUGAAACAA